AGUUUUAUGUGAACGUGCCAGUUAGGCGCUUAGCGUUACAGCUUGUAAUUAUACGCCCUACCGUGAACGCAGUUGUCCAAAACCACCGGUUGGACCACCUCAGAAUUAUUAUUUUUCAAUUGGGUCAGAAGCCUGAUCUUUCACCGUGAACCCAGGGGCCAAUUGCUGCAAAUUUUUCGCCUCGUUGCAAUGGCAGAACGUUAAAUGAUUGACUGAUCUGGAAAAUGCAAUGAUAUUAGAAUCAUUUUUCCCACCAUAAAUCCAAGUGGGCGCUUGGUCUAGUGGUAUGAUUCUCGCUUUGGGUGCGAGAGGUCCCGAGUUCGAUUCUCGGAGCGCCCCAUGUUCAAUUGGAUCAAUUUUUUAUUGCCCCGAUUGGCUAUCACCGUGCAACGUUGUCAACGCUAGUUCAUCGUGUCUAUCUAUGUUAAACAGUUAAACCCAAAACCCUCAACUGUAACUUGUCGCAAACAGAAGCACCAACUUUCAACUUGGAAACUCUCUUUAUCUGGACUAAAGUGAAAAAAGCUUCAACAACCAUCUAGACCAGUUUCCUGGUUUGCAUUGCUGAAAUUAGCUACCUCUUCUUGAAGGUACCCUUGACUUGGAAUUUUUUUCAAUACAAAUAUAAAUAUUUAUAGAGAGAAAUCGGAUGGUGUUUGGGCAAGUUGUGAUUGGCCCACCUGGGUCAGGAAAGACUACUUACUGCAAUGGCAUGUCUCAGUUCCUCAAAUUUAUUGGAAGAAAGGUUGCUGUAAUCAAUUUGGAUCCAGCCAAUGAUUCAUUACCUUAUGAGUGUGCUGUCAACAUUGAGGAUCUCAUAAAACUAAGUGAUGUGAUGACAGAACAUUCUUUGGGGCCUAAUGGAGGUCUUGUCUAUUGUAUGGAUUAUUUAGAGAAGAAUGUUGAUUGGUUGCAGUCAAAACUGGAACCUCUUUUGAAAGAUCACUAUCUUCUUUUUGAUUUUCCCGGCCAGGUUGAACUAUUUUUCCUUCACUCAAAUACCAAGAAUGUUGUCAUGAAGCUUAUUAAAAAGUUGAACCUUAGGUUGACUGCUGUACAUUUAGUUGAUGCCCACCUAUGCAGUGACCCUGGGAAGUAUGUUAGUGCUUUGCUUCUCUCAUUAUCUACCAUGUUGCACUUGGAGCUGCCACACAUCAAUGUCUUGUCUAAGAUCGACCUAAUUGAGAGCUAUGGAAAGCUGGCUUUCAAUCUGGAUUUCUACACAGAUGUGCAAGAUUUAUCAUAUUUACAUCACCAUCUUGACCAGGAUCCCCGCUCUGCUAAGUAUAGAAAACUUACAAAGGAGCUCUGUGAAGUAAUCGAAGACUUUAGUCUUGUCAAUUUCACAACCUUGGAUAUUCAGGAUAAAGAGAGUGUUGGUAAUCUUGUGAAGCUUAUUGACAAGAGCAAUGGAUACAUAUUUGCUGGUAUAGAUGCCAGUGCAGUUGAAUUCAGCAAGAUUGCAGUACGACAAGUUGAUUGGGAUUAUUACAGAGCUGCAGCAGUGCAAGAGAAGUACAUGAAGGAUGAUGAAAAUUUUGAUGAUAAAGACUGAUAGUGCUUUUUGGUGAGACAACGGGAUCCUAGUUGCCUACGCCUUCCCAUUUUUGUUCAAGUUUAUGUAUAUUUUUAUGAAUUUGGACUUGUUAAUCUCAAGUUUAUUAAGAUUGUAGAUCCAGAGGAUAUAAAGAAAAUUUAAGAAACUUCAAUUAGACGGAAUUUUGAGAGCUGGUUUUCUCAUGCAAUAAACCGGUGAGCACACGAUUCUUGUCCU